AUGGCUACUUUAUCGUACAUCUCAUUUUUGCUUGUGAUUGCAUUUGUCAGUGCAUUUCCAGAUCGAGUGAUCCUUCCUGGAAAUAAUGGACCACAAACAGUUGUAGUCGUUAAGCAACCAGGACGUCAAGGAAUUCAACAAAAACCCGUGGUUAUCGUUCAGCAACCAGGAAGACAAGUUAUUCAGCAAGUUCCAAUCAGACCGAUUUCACAGUCAUCAAGACCAGUGGUAGUUGUUCCUCAACAAGGUCCAAAAGUCGUAGUUGUUCAAAAACAGCAACCCGUACUAGUUGUGCCAUCUAGAAAAUUUUAA